AUGAGACAGGAGGAACUCGAGCAAGCAGAGCAGGCUAAAAAAAGGGCGCGCCAGAAGGGAACAGCGCAAAAGACAGCUGGCAGGAAGUUUCAAAGGCAGGGAUCAGUUGAGGCAGCUGGAAACGGCCAAGAACAGGUUAUGCCGGAAGGAAACGAGGGUGCUCAGACUACGGAGAGUCAAGGGACGGGACGUGAGCAACUAGGUAAACAAGCGACGGAGGCACAAGGUGGACAAGAGACGACAGAAAAUGUGAAAGAAGAGUCAGGAAGUGAAGCAGAAGAUGACAAGAAGUGUGCGGCACUAUCGCCGUGCCUUAAAGACAGCGAUUGCGGGGAUGGAGUGUGCAACGGCGGUAAAACUUGCGAGUGUCUGGGUUGUCCGGCCCUUUGGGGAUGUAAGGAUGAUAAAGACUGCGGUGGGUUCAUGGGCGCCUGUGAUCCGGAGAAAGGAACCUGUGAUUGCGAACAAGGUUGGGUUUCGCUGAUUUAUGUUUCGCAUGACGUUGACUUAUUCAUUUCAGCUGCUAAGAGUGCUGGUUUUGAAAGUUACUUUGCUUCGCUGUCGACGCUUUGUUCACAGAAAUGCGAGUCUAGUGACGACUGCUUUGGCCUGAGGUGUCUUCCAGGGCUUUGCGCUUGCACUUAG